GCCAUCCCUAACGCAUUGUGUAUGCAUUACGCAUUUGCGAAAUUUACCAACCACACAAAUUUCAGAUUUAAAGUGCAAUUUCAAAGCCAUUGCCUGUGACGGUGUCAGUGCAAAGUGAAAGAAAUCGCAGCCGCAGAACGUGCCACAACUGGCAGCUACUCUGGCCAUGUACGCCACCAACAAUGGCAGCACAAAUAAGGCGCCAAAUAGCAAUGCCACAACAAUGUUUGAUAACACCAUCACUGUGACACCGAUCAAAGUGGAGCUGGGCUCGGGGGCAUUAAACAAAACAUCGCCAUCAACAGCGCCGCAACUGCGGCGUCCCAAUGCUGUGAUAGUUACCACACAACAGCUUGCGAUGCCAAUGCAAAUGCAAACGAAUAGCGGGAGCGGCAAUACUACAACGUAUGGAACGCAAGGCGGCACAACAGCAGGCGUAACCGUUGUCACCUCCAUGUCGUCGAAUACAACGCCGCCCACAACAACAACGACAACGCCAACGACGCCCAAGGAGAAACCCAGCAAAGCGGCACGCGUUCAAAUUGUACGCAAACCGCCGCCCACCAUCGACAAUUUUUGGCCAAACAUUUUGAGCGAGGUGAACGGCAUCGGACAGGUGGACGCUAAGCAUCAGGUGCUGCCGUUGGCACGCAUCAAGAAGAUCAUGAAACUGGAUGAGAAUGCCAAAAUGAUAGCGGGUGAGGCGCCGCUACUCUUUGCCAAGGCCUGUGAGUAUUUCAUACAGGAGCUAACCAUGCGUGCCUGGGUGCACACCGAGGAGAGUCGACGUCGCACGCUGCAGCGUUCGGAUAUUGCUCAGGCGAUUGCCAACUAUGAUCAGUUUGAUUUCCUGAUUGAUAUUGUACCGCGCGAGGAGAUCAAACCGUCAACCACACAGAAAACCACCAAAGAGCCAAAUGCCAGCUCAAAUGCCACAGCAGCAGCAGCGGCCGCUGCGGCAGCCGCUCAAGCUGCAUCGGUUGCAACUGUCGGUGGCGGCGGCAACAAUAGCACAACCAAUACGGCGACUUUUGUACCUGCUGCUGCUGCGGCAGCGGCGGCGGCAGCAGCUGCAAGUGGCCUCAAGUUGGAUCAGUCAACGGCCGAAGUCCUGGGGUAUAGCGCUGUCAAUACGGAUCUGUUUGCGGCGGCGGCAGCGGCCAGCAAUACGGCCGGGCAGCUGCAACAGUUGACGGCGCAACAGCAUCAUCAUCAGCAGCAGCAACAGCAGCCGCAACAGUUGCAAAUCAUACAGCAGGGCGCCGGUGCGCAACAGUUGCAAUAUUUUAUUGCGUUGCCCGGUCAGCAGCCGAAUCAGUUGGUGCAGCAGGUGCAGCAAUUGCAUCAGCAACAACAGCAGCAGCAACAACAGCAGCAACAGCAUCAGCAACAGAAUAGUCUGGGUCUCAAUAUUGUUACGCAGCAGCCGACUCAACAAUUAAUACUCACCGCUGGUCCCAAUGGCCAAUUGACAGCGACGCCGGCGCCUAGCACGGCUGCCCAGCAGCAGACGGCAUUGCUGCAGAAUCUGGCACAGCAGCAGCAGCAACAACAGCAGCAUCAGCAACAGCAGCAACAACAAAUUCAACUGCUGCAGCAGGUGGUGACGCCAACUGGGGAGCUGACAAAUGUGCCCAUUGCCAUCAAUGCGAAUCAAUUGCAUUUGCUGCGCAUGCAGAUGCAACAACAGCAGCAGCAACAACAGCAAGUUGCUGCCGUGCAAGCAGCAGCAGCGGCGCAGCAGCAACAUCAGCAGCAGCAGCAGGUGAUUAUUCCGACGCAUUUGCUGACGGCACAACAGAUACUGCAGCUGGGUGGGACGCCAACAAAUGCCACAGCGAUAACACAGCAGCAACUGCAGCAGCAUCAACAGCAGCAGCAGCAGCAACAACAGCAACAGCAGCAACAACACCAGCAACAUAUACACAUCAAUGCGGCCAAUGUGACCACAAAUAAUGCAGCCAAUGCCAGCAGUAACAAUGCGACGCCGAUAUUUAUCAAUGCGACGGCGGCAAAUGCGUCGCAAAACGUAACGCAAGCGCAGCAGCAGCAGCAACAACAACAACAGCAGCAGCAGCAGUCGCAAUCGCAAACAAUUACAGCAUUAACCAGCGAUCGAACGCUGAGCGGUGGCUUUCGGUAAAACCCUAAAUAGCCCAGUGUAAACGUAAGCAGUAAAUAACAAGCAAAAAAACAAGAAUUCUUUAAUUGUAAGUGCAAAAGUGAAAGAAACCCCAAAAACACACAUACACACACACAAACACACAGAAACCAGCUAAAUUGUAAGCAUAUUAUACAAAUUGAAAAUAGGUUUAAGAAACGCAACAAACGUCGAGGCAAUGUGACCGUUAGCAAUCCAUAUCCAAGCAUCGGGAGGCAAUUUUUAAGAGAGAUUCUUUUAUAUUGGGGUUUUCGAUUUUGUCGUCCUUCUUGGUUUCAUCAAUUAUCGAAGCUAGGAGACGACGCCAAGCAAAACGGAAUUAGUUUAGCAAUUAACUGGAAUAUCGCAAUGAAACUUUAUUCUCAUGUGUGUAAAUUGAAAAGUGAAGCUGAACAGCGGUAGUGCUGCUCUCUCUAUCUUUCUAUCUCUCUCGCUCUCCAUCCCUUGGAAGUGUGUACAUAUCAUAAAGAAAUUGAACAAAUUGCCUGCCUACCCUGCCCAACACACUCAACCGCACACGCACACGCACACACACACACACACUGUUGCCAAUGUACAGAGAAAACAAUUCGCCUAAGUUAACCAACACUGUGUAAGUGUGUGUGUGGGUGUGUGUGUGUGUGUGUCGAAUUAUCAAUUAUAUGCUAAAUUGUAAUAGCGAACAAACAAAAUAGCUGAGGAGGAGCAUUCCGCUGCCAACAGGUUUCACCGCAUAAUUUUAACAAUCUCUAUAUAUUUAUAAUAGUAACAAACCCCUUCCAUCAUCCCCUCUUCCCUUUCACCCCCACCCCACACCCCUUAAACACAACACUUGUGGACAGUAAAUUAGGUACACGUAUGGAAAUUUAUACAAUAGGUUAUACAAUUGCUUAUUUAUUUUUCACUAAAUUAUUUAAUGCCAAUUUUUGGAUUAUGUAAUUGGAUU